CUUAUGAAAACGAACGAAACGAACGAAAACGAAGGUUAACGCGGUGGAAUCCCUAUGAGCACACGAGCUAGUGAUUAUUACUUGUAUCAGAGGAAUUUCAUGAAUUUAUUCCAUAACUAUUUAUAAUUACAUUGAUUUUAGCUAUUUAAAUAUAUGGGCUGUUAAUUAAAUGUUGAGUUGUGCAAGAUCAAAUGGUUCAUCUGUCGAUUAGGUGCAUUCCAAUAAGCCACAAAUAUAACCUUUGAAUCCAAUUAAGUUUCACAAUGUUGCGAGGAUUCACAAGAGUUUGCCGUGCUGGGCUUCGGGCUUAUACUCAAAUUCGACACUCGAGUAAGUCCACCAAGCCAACUACAUCAAUCAAAGAUGAAUGGAGAAAAAGAAGAAACCUCAUAUUUGACAAUGAGAAGGAUCGGCAACAUGGAGAUGUUGGACGAGUUGAAAAAAUAUCUGUGAACUUUAUACCAACUAGCAAUGAGGAAAGCGAAAUUGAAUUAGCAAUGAACAAAAAUAUGUCAACACCAGAUGAAUGUGCUCGACACAUGUCAGAAGGUAUUCAAAAAACAGCAGCUUUAGCUCUAGUCAAUGGUCAACCUUGGGAUAUGCACAGGCCAUUAGUUCAAGACUGCAAAGUAAAACUACUUACAAUGCAAAUGCCAAGAGACUCAACGGCACUGAAUUCUGCUUUUUGGCGUACAUGUUCAUUUUUGCUUGGAGCUAUGGUUGAAUCUUCUUUCAAAGACAAUAUACAGUUGUAUCUUCACAGCUUUCCACGACCCAAUAUACGCUCAGGCAGCUUUGUAUACGAUGUGAUUUUGGACUUGCCAGAUUGGAAACCUACAAAUUCAGAACUGCGUGCCUUAUCUGCUCAAUUUGUAAAAUUGACCAGAGAAGCUCUACCUCUAGAGCGUCUUGAAGUCAGCGAACAGGUGGCACUGGAUAUGUUCCAAGACAACCCAUAUAAAACUAAGCAAAUUCCGGAAAUAGCACAAAUGAACGAGAAUAAUUCAGUAAUUCUGUACCGUGCUGGUGAGCACAUCGACAUAAGUAAAGGUCCCAUGGUAGGUAACACCAGUAUUAUUGGUCGAGCAACUAUAAGCGCCAUUCACAAAGUCGAGUCCGAUGAAACGGACAGGAUGUAUCGCUUCCAAGGAGUAGCUUUGCCGCAAGGAGUUUAUUUGAAUCACUUUGCUUAUAAUAUUUUGGAAGAAAGGUCCAAGAAAUUGAACGAUCUGAUGUGGAUGCCAAUCAAUAUAAGCGAGGAGUCGAAUGACUACCAACCUACCUUUAAACAACUUGAAGAAAACGAGGAGCGCGACAGCCUUGUUGCUAAGAAUUAGAUUUCGCACUUUGCUUUGUUAUUAUUUAUAUAUCGUUGUAAAUAAAUUUCUAUUG